AUGAUGAACUUUCCAGGCGUGGCUUUGGUGACUGGCGCCGCAUCCGGUAUCGGAAAGGCAACUGCACUUCAGUACGCGGCAGACGACUGUCAACGGAUAGUCAUUGCAGACAUCAACUUUGAUGACCUCAUGGAGGUUGAAAUGCUGAUCAAGCAACAGUAUCAGGGGGUUGAGAUCAAGAGAAUUGCGGUGGAUGUCCGCGAUCAAGCUUCCGUUGAGACAAUGGUCCAGGAGGCAGUAAAGACCUUCGGUCGGAUUGACUACUGUGCUAAUGUGGCAGGCAUCAUCCGCUUUGGGGAUACGACUGUGUUACCCAUAGAGGAUUUUGACCUCGUAUACCAAGUCAACUUGCGAGGGAUCUUUCUCUGCACAAAGGCUCAGAUUAACCAGAUGUUGCACCAGGAGCCGGAUUCACCAUUUCCUUCUCGCGGUGCCAUUUGCAACAUAUCAUCAGAAGCCGGCAUGAUGGGUAACGGUGAUCUUCCCGCGUACGUCGCGGCUAAGCAUGGAGUUGUUGGUCUGUCGCGAUCGGAUGGUGUCAAAUUUGCAGCUCGGGGGAUUCGAGUAAAUGCACUAUGUCCAGGGACCAUUGAAACUCCAAUCCUGGGUGAUUUGCCGCAAGGCGAAGCAGGGGCGAAACGAAUCGAAGAACGCACCAAGGACAUCGCACUGGGUCGUAAGCAGUUUCGUGACUGGAACGACACUUUCUGCCCAUGGGGGCUUGCGGAAUCGCUGAGCAACCGUCGAUAG